AUGCAGCAGGGGGGAGGAUCUGAGACGGAAGUGACAUGGGAGGACCAACAGAACAUCAACAAAUUUGGAAGGUUGAACAAUCGCUUUCACGAGCUUGAGGAUGAGAUCAAAGUCGCCAAGGAAACAAAUGAUAAUUUGGAGGAUGCGAGCAACGAGUUGAUUCUCACAGAUGAAGAAGUGGUUCGGUUUCAAAUAGGGGAGGUUUUUGCUCAUGUGCCAAAGGAUGAAGUUGAGAGCAGGAUUGAACAGAUGAAAGAGGUGACAAGCCAAAAAUUAGAAAAACUCGAAGAGGAGAAAGAAUCUGUACUUGGUCAGAUGGCUGAACUGAAGAAAAUUUUGUAUGCAAAAUUCAAUGACUCAAUCAAUCUUGAGGAGGAUUAG